AUUAACGCUAUCACUGCUCAAAACAAUAUAACAAAUGUUGCCAGUGUGAAAAGAAAUCCGUAAGUACAUUGUAUGUAGAAUGGACUUAUGUACGGAUAAACAACAAUAUAUCGUUUUUUUUUACAAACAUGCAAUGAAUAUUGUUUUGUUUUUUGGUUUUGUUAACAGUGUAUCCUUGUGUGUAAUUCGUACCGAAGAUGAUAGUUCUUUGGGCAUUCUUUCGUGUGGAAAGGUAUUUAACGAAAUACACUAUAGGUUAACAAACAUGUCAUGAGUUAACGAAUUUUAUAAAAACAUAUGUGCGAGAAUUUCAAUCAGCUGAGUUAAACUAAUUAAGCGCGAAAAUUAAACAUUUUUGCUGAAGUUUAUUUGUGUUUCAAUGACUUGUGAAUGUAUGUUAUACAAUAAGAAACAUAUACACUAUGCAAUAUUUGGAAACGUUCAAACAUAUGGCAAUGUUUUCUAUGUCAUUAUUUUUUCAUACGAUACUUUUACCAAGAGCUGUAAUGCAUCGAAAUAGACUCACUUCUAUUUUAAUAGUUUGUUUUUGGAUAUUCUCAACUUACCUUCAUAUUUUGGCGGAAUUAAAUGUGAUAGAAGAGUAUAACACAAGCUUGUACGACGACGGUGUUACAUUACGCAACAUUAUGCAGAUUUCUCAUGGCGAAGAUAUUGAUAUCGUUUACACAUGGGUUAACGGAUCAGAACUGCAAUUUAUCAGAGACUUGGAUGAUUACACCACAAGUAUAAGCAAACCCAGAGCAGAUGUGUUGGCGUUAAACAGAUACUUUGACUAUGGCACUCUGAGAUAUUCAUUGAGGUCUGUGGAAAAAUACGCAAACUGGAUAAGACAUAUCUUUCUCGUAACAAAUGGACAGAUUCCAGACUGGCUCAAUCUCGACAAUCCUCGAAUCACUAUUGUAACACACAAGGAAAUAUUUCCUGACAAAAGUCAUCUUCCGACGUUCUCGUCCCCAGCCAUUGAGUGUCAUAUACACAAUAUCAAAGGGCUUUCAAACAAUUUUAUAUACAUGAAUGAUGACAUCAUUUUAACAUCCCGACUCGAACUGUCCGACUUUUUCACAGCAGAUGGCAGAUAUAAGCUACGAUUUAUGCACGAGAAACUGGAACGGUGCAACAAAUUAUGCGCAUCAAAUAAUGUGAGUAACGGUGUAUGUGAGCCGGAAUGCAAUACUGCCAGCUGUGAAUGGGAUGGCGACGACUGUAUAGGACAAAAAGUAUUAACAUAUACUGAAAAUGACAGGUUUUUCAUGUUUGACAGCUGGACGGGCUCAAUGAUGCACUCCCAUUUUCUCUUCAAUAAAGCCUUCGGUCCUGCGAAUAGGUACAUACCUGAACAUGGACCACAUAUGUUUCAUAAAGAUAUUCUCCGUCUUUUACAGAACAGCUUUCCAUUUGAAUGGAACAAAACAUCUUCAGUCAAAAUUCGACACCACCUGACGUUUCAAUACCAGUUUGCAUACAACAAUUUCCUUUUAACAUUAGAAGAAAAUGGAAUGGCAAAUAUAAAAACAAAUGUGACUUUUGUGAAAGAGUGCUGCAACAAAGACAUACUUGAACUUGAUAACAGAGAUUUCACAGCUAGAAGAAAACAACUAGAUGAAGCAAAGAAGAGGCUCGUACUCAUACAACCAAGGUUUUUGGUAGUAACAACACGAUUUUUGCGGAUGAUGUAUCCCGUCGAGAGAGAAAUGUUAGUGAAAGACAUUUCAGGCUUCCUUCAUGAAUUGCUACCCACACCAUCUCUUUAUGAAAUCUCCUGAAGUUGAAAUGUGUGUGCUGAUGAACCAAGGACAUCAUACGAAACGGCGUGUUAUGAAAGGUUAAACCAGGCACGAGUCUUUACUUCAGUCUCCAAAAUUAAUAUCUAGAUGAUAGUUCGUAAGCGAGAGGUAUUAUACUUACUGGUGACAAUCAGAAUUUUGUAAGAUUACUCAUUCGGCUAUUCACAUGAUUUGGAGAUGGACAGCCACCUCGUUGCAAUUUUAUGGAAACUGAUUAAACAAUGCAUGUUUUACAUUUUAUAUCACUUUUAUAACCAUCAUCAUACUAGUAUAUGAAAGGUGAUACUCAAAUCUUAUUGCAAAAACACUCCGAGAGAAAGAAGAACAAACAUCCUUCACAAUUCAGGCUAUACAUUAUAAGAAAUAGUUGUCUCAAUAUGAUCAGUGAUACAAAUUCAAAUAUUUUACUGUUUGUUGAAGAGGUACUACAGAGUAAACAAACAUAUAAUAAUGUGUGUAAACACAAACAACAGCACAAAAAGUGAUAUGAUAAACAUAAAUGUAAAGCUAUGCAGUACAGGGUGAUCCACAUUUACUGAUAAUAUUUCGUACAUAUGUAUUGCACAUGAAUAUUUUCACCAACAUUAUCAUGUUUCAUUUAUUGUAUAGUUUUAUCUGUAAUAUAACAUGUAUUCUAACAUGGCUCGAUUAGAUUUCCAGUUGAACAAAGAAGGAAAUCAAGCUCUGUAUAUUCUGCGAUAAACAACGGUUGACAGGCGGACCGGUAAGAGAGCAUUAUGACGUCAAAUUGUCACAUGACGUCUGAUAAAUUACUACUCACGUAAAUAAGGUCCGGCAUAAUAUUUAUUAAAAUAUGUCAAUGAGCAUGUCGGAAUGAAAACAAUCAAGGCCUUCUUGUGUUUUAUCGUCUAAUUCACCACGGUUCAUCGUUAAGAUGCUUCAGUAUUUAACCACUCGGGCUAACGCCCUCGUUGUUCAAUUCCUACGCAACUGAACUCUGAAUCAUGGUACAUUAGACGAUAAACCACUCGAAGGCCUUGAUUAUUUAUUAAAUAUAUUGGAUGCAUUAUGAUAUUUAAUACAAUUUCGUAUGUCACUGAUGUUGACGUCAUAGGCAUACAAAAUUGUAUCAUGGAUCACCAGGUAUACUAAGUAUGGCCAAUAAUUUUAUAUAUUUGAUCUGAGAUCUUUCGUAAGUAAUUGCUAGAAAAUACAAUGACUGCCACAAUAUCAUUCCAAGAUCUAUUGAGUCUAGAACUGAAUACAUAUCUUAAACUUGACUGUAUAACUUAUUGCGUAUUGUUACCGAGUGAUAUUUAUCACAACCAUAAUAUUUCAGCAUUUUAUUGUAUACUUUCUUUUCUGAUAACUUUAAAUAUGAAAUAGAUAUACGCAAAUGGAAGGUUAUUUUAGCAUUUUUUAAAGUUAUACAUGACUUUAAGAAAGAAGUUUUAACAUAGUCCAUGAUCAUGCUGUUUUCAGAUGAUACAGUUGUACUUGGCAAUUCACAAAGAUAAAUAGACAAAAGUCUAGAUUUACUAUAUAGUUGUUGUACUGAGUAGUAGUGCUUGGUGCUACAUGUAGUGGUUUCAGAGAAAGUAGUGCUUAGUGCUACAGUGCUACAGGUAGUGGUUUCAGAGAAAGUAGUGCUUGGUGCUACAGGUAGUGGUUUCAGAGAAAGUAGUGCUUAGUGCUAAAGGUAGUGGUUUCAGAGAAAGAAACCGCUUCUUGAUAAACUUUAGCCGUGGGGAUAUUUUGUUUAGCUGAGAAAAUUUAAUUUGUCUACGAAUUUAUGUUUGAGAACAGUAUUUAACAAUACGGGUACUAAGAAUAAUUGUUCAUUCGUUUUAUUUGAUGCAGCCAAGAUAUGAGGGUACUGGAAGCUAAUAGUAAUUGUAAUGAUGUUUUUGAAAGUUUGUGUGAAAAAUUUAAACACGAGUGUUUCAGCCGUUUACGGCUUACUCGCACGUUCAACAAUAUAUAUUCAGCUAAAUACGUAAAAAUGAAUAUUAUUUUCGUUUACUGGAAUUCAUUAUCACGAUUUUUCAAGACGUGUAUAAAGAGUGCCUUGAUAACGAUGGCAAAAAUAGCUGGUUAACAAUGUUUAAAUUUUUCUAAUUUGAAAAUAAUCCAUAAAGUGUUAAUAGUGAUAUAUAUUAUUUAGAGUUGUGCAAAGAUUAUGCGACAUUUUAUUUCGUGGAGCGUGCGUUGUAUGAGUACAAAUGCUUUACUUAUACAGGUUUACAGUGUAUGAUUCAGUGUUUUUUCCUCAGAAGAUGUUCAGACCUUGUUAGGGACAAUUCUGUCGAAAAUUGCAUGCGCAUAUAUCAUUAAAGUUUAACAGAUGCUUUGAUUUGGACCAUAAUAAAACAAUGUUAAUCAUUUAAAUUUGAAUGACAGUUUAUCAUGUUCAUAUGGACUUACGACGUUUUAGAAUGUAGAGUGAAUACACGCUUUCCAUGAAACAAGAUCUGUAGAAUCCCGUGGGACUGGAUGGUGAACGAGCCCAUAGUGCGAGGGAUUCUGCUGUUGUUACACGGAACAAAUGCGUGCUAUCGCUAUUCUCGCAUAAAACAUAACAAGUCUAGAAUAUCCAAAAAUAAGACUAUCAAAGCAGACUGCUGCACGUGGUUAUGGACACAUGUUUUAUUUAUGCAUUUUGAAAAGGACUGGAACAGCAUAUUAAAACACGUUCACUAACAGCGCGCGCUCAUGAUAUCUUUGGUCUCCAUUAUCGGCAAAAAAAAAAAGGUUAUAUGCAGACAAGUGUGUUUUCGUAAACAUUCGUGUUUUUAUGUGUUUUACAUGUCUCUGUAUUUAAAGAUUGUGUGUUUUGUUUUAUUCAUAUCCUUGGUUGUGCAAUAGAUGUCAGUGUUAGUGUUUGCGGAAAUAGCACAGUACAUAAUGCAGCUGUAGCAGUGGUAACGAGAAUAAUUAUUGUUCCUUUCCUUUAAUGAAAUAUUUGAUCACAAAAACCGAAUCUUACUCAGAAACUGGCAUUUCGCCUUAACAUUAACAGACAUAUCUUGUCUUUGAGUAGUCAUUUAUAUCUUUUGUUCAUAUAGUCCAUGACAAAGUUUGAAUAUUUCCUUUUCCUCAUGUAUACUGAAUACAACACAAUAAUUAAAAGAAUUUCCGGAGUUGUAGAUAAUUCGUGAAUUAUCAAAAUUUCUUUCAUUGCUUUAAAACUUUAAACUGUAUUCAAAUGUAUUGACUGAGUACGAAAUACAGUUCAACAUUAGGUCAAAAUGAAAACAAAUUUCAUAGACUUUUUUACGUUCUACGUUCCGGAAUAAUUGUUUCGAAAAACUUCUGCAGAUAAUAUGAACAAAUCUUAAUUUGUAGAAUUUUCUGUCAUAUUUUCUGCAUUGUUCAUGAUAUAUGCUAGUUGUUUCAUAAGUUGAUACCAUAUUUGUUUGUUUCAACUUCCUGUUUUUGUUGUUGUUGUUGUUUGUUAUAUAUUUGAAACUCUUAUAGCUGUCAUAAAAGAAAAAAAAACUUUUUUCAUAUCAUCGCAGUUAAAUCAUACAUUGUGUUACAUUAUGGAAUAUAUUAUACGUGUGCAUUCUGAAUGAAUUUUCAAAUGCUUGAUGUAAAAUUAAUGUAGUUAUAUUGUUACUUAUUUAGUGAUAAAAUGUUGUCUACAUAAACUAGAAUAUUUAUUAUAGCAUUCAUUUUUUAAAAUGCCUUUUUAGUCGUGACUACGCAUAGCCACGAUCGCUUCUUUGAAACGCAGUUGUCAUUUUUUUUUCAAUUUUAAAAUACUUAUUUCGCCGAAGUGAUCAACAACAUGAAAACAUGAAAAUUAUCCACCCGGGAUCUGAAACAUUCAUUUGUUGGGUCUUGUUGGCGUGCGGAUAUUUGGCCAUAUCUUUUGUGGUUGAAAAUGAUAGAGAGUUAUUUACCUUCAAUCAAUCUAUAUAUAUAGUAUACGGGUGCUGGAUUUAUUUUUGGGUCCUUCUAUAAAAUUAAUGGUUUUCUAUGAUAUAUAGCAUCAUUAUUGACCAAACAAAUGCGCCGAAUGCCUAUGGUCACUUCGAAUGAACUACCGUUGUUAGGAAUGAAUUCAAUGUUGUGUACGUGUGCAGGUCGUGAGUGCGUCCACGUGCGGUGAGUUGCGGUUUGUGGAGGCUGCAUUUGUUUGGAACGUGGCUUUCCCUGUUGGAUAUUGAUCUUUGUUUUUUAUCUAUCUACAAUAAAAUACAUAUUCGGAUGAAUGGAAGAAGAAAAUUAAUAAAGUCCUAUUUUCAUUUU